AAGUAGGCAGAUGAUAAGCUCUAAACAGCCAGAUCACUUCCGCUUGACGCUCAUUUCUUAGAAUGGGGCCUCUCGUACUUCUCUUCUCUUUUUCUCUGCUGCAUUUAUGUGCUACACAAGUGACUCCUGUGUUUGUGCAGACAGGAAAAGAUUUACGUCUGGAUGUGAACAAACCGGUUGUUCUGAAUGAGACAGAUUUAUUUACAUGGAUUGUUGGCAGUGUUGCUGUUGUGAGACUAGCUCAUGGUGGUAAACCAACAAUUUUUCCAAAUUUUAAAUCUAGAGCAGAAUUGUCUGCACAAAAAAACUCUCUACUGUUAAAGAACGUACAAAAGAGGGACAGCGGAGUUUACAGAGCACGUGUUUCUGGUGCGAGUAUUUCAGAUGUAGUUGAAUACAGCGUCACAGUUCUGGAUCCAGUGUCUGGAGUGAAGCUGACAGUGAAACUCUGCAGCUCAGACUCCACUAACGUCACAGUGAUCUGCAGCACUGAGGACUCUCUCAUCAGCAGCACGUUCACAUGUGACACACAAACCUGCUCUCACGAGGGAGGAGAGCGAGCAGAGAUCAUCACACCUGGUGCUUCUCUGGACGUCUACCUGGAGAACGGCUCAGUCAUCUGUAACCAUAGCAACCAGGUCAGCUCUACAAGGGACAUCCAAAAGAUUGAAGACUUUUGUUUAAAGUCUGAAGCAUCGAAAGGCGGCGGCCCAAAUAAACUUGCACUGAUUGUUGUAGCCAUCAUCUUUUUUGUUAUUUUGGCUGGAAUUGGAGGAUUUAUUUAUCAUCGAAGGAGAAAACAAAAUAAAGCAGAGAACAUGGAAAAUACAGUCUAUGAAGAUCCUCAGGCUGUGAAUACAGACCUUCAUCUGAAGCAGAGACCAACAAAUGAUGCCCCAGCUGGUCCUCAACCCACCAUCUACUCCUUGUUGGGGCCUUCCAUCGGCUCGGAAGCACCCACUCAGCCCAGAGACAACGCUCAGCCAGAGAGCCUGUAUGCAACGGUGGAAAAACCUCCAAAGUCCUGAAACAGUUCAAUAUGAUGUCUUCAACACACUUCUCUUGCAGGAAUGACCACUUUAGUUUAGUUUAGUUUAGUAGCAGUGAAGGACUUCUGACUGCGUCUUCUUUUUCUGUGCGUCGGUCGUGGACUAGCUACUUGAGUCAUGCAAUGAAGUUGAAAGACCCAACUACAGUCAGAUUGCUGAUUUUAUUAUGAAUUAUAACAACAAGCGCCUUCUGACUGGCAUCAGAUAACCUAUGAACAAUUAACUUUUUAUAUUUUUUAUUAAAUCGCCCUUCCACUGCUUCCAAUAAUAAUUUCUUCCUGCCCCCUUAAUAAGGAGGCUUCUGAUUAUAACCUUUGUCCUUACCAUCAUUAGUGUCAAUACUUACAAUGUUAAUAGUCAAUAUGUGAUGUGAAAUCUCCUGCCUGUUUACAUUGUGUGGAGUAGCAAUAAGGAUUAAGGAUAAUACUUUAUUGAUCCCCAGAGGGGAAAUUCGGCUUGAUGCCACCCCACCAGCACGCCACAGCAAAGAAGAGGGCGCUGGCCACCACAGACUGGUAGAAGGUCUUCAGGAGUCUGUUGCAGACACUGAACUGAGUCUCCUCAGGAAGAACAUCCUGCUCUGUCCCUUCCUGAAGAGGGCGUCAGAGUUGUGAGACCAGUCCAGUUUAUUGUUGAUGUGGACCCCAAGGUACUUGUAUGAGUCCACCCUCUCCACUUCCUCCCCCUGGAUGAUGACUGGGGCAGGGGUCCUCUUCUUCUUCCGGUAGUCCAUUACCACCUCCUUUGUUUUGCUGAUGUUGAGCUUCAGGUGGUUGCUUUCGCACCAUGUGACGAAGCUCUCUAACAGUCCUCUGUACUCCUUCUCGUCGUCAUCAGUGAUGCACCCAACAAUGGAGAAGUCGUCGGAAAACUUUUGGAGGUGGCAGGAACCAGAGUUAAACCUGAAGUCUGAUGUGAAGAGAGUGAAGAGAAAAGGCGCCAGAACAGUUCCUUGAGGUACUCCUGUGUUGCCCGUCACUACAUCAGAGACACAGCGGUCGACUCUGACAUACUGUGGCCGGCCCGUGAGGUAGUUAAAAAUCCAAGCUGUGGUGUCAGGGUGCAGAUACAUAUCCAGCAGUUUGUCCCUCAGGAGGCAUGGCUGGAUGGUAUUGAAAGCACUGGAGAAGUCAAAGAACAUGACUCUCACAGUGCUUCCCUGCGUCUCCAGGUGUGACAGGGCUUUGUGGGUCAGGAAGAUGAUAGCAUCCUCCACACCAAUGUGCCUCUGAUAUGCAAACUGCAACGGAUCCAAUACAGAAUGAAUGCCCUGGUGGGUUGUACCUCCCUUGAAAACGAGAUGAUUCAUCUCAAGAGGGUAUUCAUCAAUGAAUGUACAUUUAAAUCUGCUGAUGAAUAAUACCAUUUGGACUUCAAGAGCGGCUGAAGGCCCUGGACCCCCAUGGUCGACAGACGGGCAGGUGGUGCAGUGAGUUGAAUGGAAGAAGAAGACCUGAGAGUGUGUUGAUGUGCAGGAGUUCAGAGAGGUUCAGAGGAGCGAGGUUGUGGAUGGCCUUGAAGGUGAGGAGCAGAAUUUUGAAGGUCAUGCGAUGUUUAACCAGGAGCCAAUGAAGCUGCAUAAAUUAUAUGUUUAUAGAGAUCAUUUAUGUCACAUGCUAUAUGGAGACACCUUUGCUGUUAACAAUCAGGUGACACAUACAAUAGAACUGUUUUAAUAAAGAUAUUUAGAUUUUUAAUUAAUUUACUGUAUAUAUUUGAAAUGUUACAUAGUUCUAUUUUUUUUACAUAGUUUUAUUCCUAAUUUGUGUUUUUGAUGCUUCUUAUCAAAUGUUUCUUUGAACCUUAACGUGAAUAAAGCCUUUUUAAUUUAUAAAAAAAUUAUUAAUUUAUCAUUUAUUUACAAGAGGCCAAUGUAAACAAUUUAGUUCAUGAAAUAAAAUCAUUUUGCCCUGUGAUUAACUGGGAACAGUCCAGGGUUUACCCCGCCUCUCAGCUAAUGACAGCGGGGAUCGGCUCCAGCCCCCCCACUCGCAACCCCGAAUAAUGGAUGGAGGGAAAUGAUAGCAUUUUAUGAUGGAUGAACUGUGUGUAUAGUAAAUAAACAAUGUGAUUGCUUUUUUAACAUUAAUUUUAUUGAUAAAAAAGGUUUUUAUAAUAUGUCUAUGAAGCUUUACAAAAAUAAAAGCAUGUAUUACUGUCUCUAAGUUUUUCUACAUGAAACUGAACCAGCUUUGUAGAGUCACUUCUAUCCUAAUAAACUUUAUAAGUCAAAGCAGAAUUGUACAGGUAUUUUUACUCUCUUCAUUAUUUGCAUCCAUGUUUGCUGAUAUUCUUCCUCUGCC